UUCCCUGAUUACGAUUCUUUAGGAGCAACUGUAGGGUAUUUUGUACUGAAAACAAGAAAAUUCGACAAAAUACCUAUUAAAAUACCAAAUAAUAGAGAGGAAAUAUUACGACGCUUUCAAAAUUAUCUGCUUGCGUUCUCUGGCCUGUACUUUCUGAUACUUACGACAGGAAAUACAAUGUUUUCAGGUUUCGUUGCCGAAGGUAUCGAAGCUACUUCUACAAAAUUCAGGGGUAUUGUAUGCGCCGUUAUUUUAAAUAUUAGCUUCGUGUACGAGUUAGCUCUGUUGACGUCUGUAUUAAUGAUAGGAUUCAUAAUUUUGGUUUCUACGAAACAAGCAUUCGGUUGUCUUUCCGAACGACUAUAUUUGGCAAAUGUUAAUAGUAACGAAUACAAGAUCGAUUAUAUCAUGUCUGAACACGCCGAAAUUUGUCGAUUUUUUGAUAAAGUUAAUGAUACUUGGAAAGAUAUGUUUGCUUUAGUUUAUGGUAUUGGUAUGCUCGUGCUUGGACUAUUGGUUUAUAAUAAUGUUUACAAAACUCAAAAUCCGGAAAUUCAAUGGUUAAACGAUAUCGCUUCGAUCAUCUUUAUACUUAUCGUACUUUAUGCUUCGUUUGUAACAUCACAUGUGAUUAAUUCGAUCUAUGAUAACUUUCAAGAAAUCCGAAAACUUAAUAUAAAUUCUUCUCGGAUAACGUAUAAACUUAAGCUGAUUUGUUUCAUGAAAUUCUUUCGUGAAAAUGCCAUCGGAUUCAAUUGCGGAGAUAUGUUCAUUAUAACAAAAGACAUUCCCAUUCAGUUUUACAGUAUCUUUCUAUCGCAUCUAGCUGGUUUGAUACUGAUAUUUCUGUACACACCAUUAGUAGAACCAUUUCUCUUUACUGGGGAAUCCAGUAGUUUACCAGCUCUUCGACGACGUUACCUUCUCACUUGUAAACACGUGUUAAAAUGGUACGCGGGUGACAUUUGGAAUCCAAAGGAUUCGGCUUAUAAAUCCAUUCUUACAGUCAGGAAUAUGCACAAAAAUGUAGCUAUUCAAAUGGAUUCUCCAACGAGUAGUCUGAAAGCUCCGGAAGGGAUGUUGUUUUUUUCACAAGCAGGAAUGUUAGCUACUCAGUUUGCUUUUAUCGGUUGGUUAACAUGUUUUCCCAAAGAAGUAGGAUUGUACUGCGACAAAGACGAUCUGGAAUGCAUUCUUCACUUUUGGAGAUGCAUCGGCUAUCUUUUAGGAAUGGAUGACAAAUACAAUAUAUGUGAUGGAAAUUAUGAAGAGACUGUUGUAUUAUUUAAAGAAAUUAUAGAAGAAGAAAUAAAGAUAGGUAUGAGGAAUCCCAGGAAAGAAGGGUUGAAAAUGAGCAAAGAUAUUGUAACAGCUUUGAGUACAGUGAUUCCUUUACUGAGUUGGAAUGCCCUGAAGAAAUACUGGUUCGAAAACAUUGACUUUCCGGUUGAUUUUACUUUGAAUUUUUAUGAUAUUGUCUGUUUUUGGUUUUAUAAAUUGCUGUGUAAAAUAAUUUUAAGGUUUAGUCAAACAAUGAAAUUAACUAAUUAUUUAUUCAAAUGUUACAUAAAGAAAUUUAAUGUAAUUAACUUUUAAUCAUUAUGAUGUAGCCUAUUAAUUACAACAGCGACUGUUAUAAGUGACUAAGGAAUAUGUUAAAUAACUCGGGUCGAAAACUUUUGUAUUUAUAAUUUUUAAAAACAUAUGUAAAUAUUAACAGUUAUUUUAUAGAAAGAAAAUAAAU